CGGAAGAUGUGGGAUGGCUGUAAGUGGCGCAGAGAGAGUAAUCCGUGCAAGUUUGAAUGGUUAAAUGAGGCUACACUCCUUUUAGGUAGUUUACCAGUUGCCGUGUGUCUGUAUCAUAGAAUAAAAUGGAUAAAGACAACCUUUCUGUGGUCUUGCACUCUAAAGGAGACUUAAGAUUGGAACAACGUCCGAUUCCAGAGCCGGGACCAAAUGAGGUAUUGCUUCAGAUGCACUCGGUGGGUAUUUGUGGAUCAGACGUGCACUACUGGCAGAAUGGACGGAUAGGGGACUUUGUCCUGAAACAGCCCAUGAUACUGGGACAUGAAGCCUCUGGUCGUGUGGUGAAAGUGGGCUCUGCUGUGACGCACAUCAAAACAGGGGACAGAGUUGCCAUUGAGCCUGGCGUUCCUCGUGAAAUAGAUGAGUUUUUUAAAUCUGGACGUUACAACCUGUCUCCUGGCAUAUUCUUCUGCGCCACUCCCCCAGAUGAUGGAAACCUGUGUAGAUAUUAUAAGCACAGUGCCAACUUCUGCUACAAGCUUCCCGAUAAUGUCACUUAUGAGGAAGGAGCCCUGAUUGAGCCCCUGUCAGUGGGGAUCCAUGCCUGCAGGAGGGCAGGGGUCACUCUUGGAAGCUCAGUGUUUGUCUGUGGUGCAGGACCAAUUGGACUAGUCUCAUUGCUGGCAGCCAAAGCCAUGGGUGCCUCACAAGUUAUAAUAAGUGACCUGUCCUCUGAUCGGCUGGCCAAAGCAAAAGAGAUGGGGGCAGACUUCCUGCUACCUGUGAAGAAAGAGGAUGCACCACAGGAACUGGCCAAAAGAUUGGAAGGAAUGCUUGGUUGCAUGCCUCAAAUCAGCAUAGAAUGCACUGGAGUGGAGAGCAGUAUUCAGACAGCCAUCUAUGCUACUCGUUCUGGUGGAGUGCUGGUAUUGGUUGGGCUUGGUGCUGAGAUGACCACCAUACCUCUUCUCAAUGCAGCAGUCAGAGAAGUUGACAUUAGAGGUGUAUUCCGCUACUGUAAUACCUGGCCGAUGGCCAUUGCUAUGUUGGCAUCUAAGAAUUUGAAUGUCAAACCCCUGGUCACCCACCGUUUCCCACUGGAACAGGCUGUGCAGGCCUUUGAGACGGCACGCCAGGGACUCGGGGUUAAGGUCAUAUUAAAAUGUGACAAGAAUGACCAGAACCCAUGAGAGAGGAGCAACUGUUAAACCAGUGCCUGGUUAUUGUAUGGCAGCAGCCACCUGAGCAAACUUGUUUAAUCCAGCUAAUUUUGAGAAUUUCCUCAUCGUCAGUGAACUAAGAGAGCAGGAACAGAAAUUCAGUUAUUCUGUUUGCAGUGGAUGUAAUUAUUUAUAUUUUUAAUAUAAUAAUUUAUAGAAGCAUGGACAUGAACAAUAUUGAAAUAAAAUAAAUACUAUGCUGUAAUAAUAUCUGA